AAUUGAAUGCAAGUAUUUCAAAAUGAAAAAUUAUAUAUGAUAUACUUGUAUCAACUUAUAUCAAAUGUACUUCCUCUUAAGUCCUAACACUCAAAAGGGCCAAAACCAAAACAAAAAAUUAAGAUGAAAUCUUUUAGCCUUUUUAGUCCAAAAUCACCUUCAUCUCAAACAAAACCAACAUCAAAGAAUGAACAAGAAAAACUACCCCAAACCAAUUUGAACAUAAAACAUGAACUAUUGCUUAGAAUUCAAGGGUGUGUUGUAAACUUAAUGGAAGAAGGUGAAAGCAUAGAGCUAGGAAGAGGUGAUUUCUCUAUAUACAUGCUAUCGGAUCGAAACGUCUCCAUUGCAACCAUAAUCAAGGUCUCUAAUAACCUCCAAUGGCCACUAACCAAAGACGAACCAAUUGUGAAGCUUGAUGCUUUUCAUUAUCUUUUUACAUUGCCUAUGAAAGAAGGUGUUCAUUUGAACUAUGGAGUGACUUUUUCUCAAAGAAGUGACCCUAAAUUGUUGGGUAGUUUGGAUGAUUUUCUAAGAGAUCAUUCUUGUUUUUCAUGCCCUAAUAAUCAUAAAGGAAGAAAUGAUCUUGAUUGGAAGGAUUUUGCUCCUAAGGUUGAAGCAUAUAAUGGAAUUUUGGCUAGGGCUAUUGCUGGUGGGACUGGCCAUAUUGUUAAAGGGAUUUUUAUGUGUAGUAACGCUUACACUAACCAGGUUCGAAAUGGAGGACAAAUGAUUUUUAGCCAAGAGAAUAAUAACAAUGUGAGAAUAACAAGGACACAUAGCAAAAGUAACAAUAACUCCAUGAAUCAGAGCAUAAAGCGUGUGAGAAAGCUAUCGGAUACGACUGAGAAAAUGAGCCAAGUGAUGCUACAAGGAGUGGGAAUAGCCACAGGUUCAGUGAUGGGGCCUUUGGUUAAUUCCAAACACGGUAGAACAUUUUUCUCUUUGAUGCCUGGAGAGGUUCUUCUUGCUUCCCUGGAUGCUAUUGAUAAGAUAAUGUGUGCAGCUGAAGCAGCUGAGAAACAGGCACUCAAUGCAACCUCAGGUGCUGCUGUUAGGAUGGUUUCCAACAGGUAUGGAGAAAAUGCAGGGGUGGCAACAGAAGAUGCACUGGCAACCGCUGGACAUUGUGCCGGCACGGCUUGGAACAUUCUCAAAAUGAGGAGGGCUAUGACUCCGGCUGCCGCAGCUUCCUCCGGAGCUCUUAGGGGUACAGGGAAAACCAUCAAAUUUUAAUCAUAUGAUAUUAUGAUGGGAUUAUUAUUUUUAUUAUAUUUUAUGUUUCUGAAGUCUAAAAGCAAUGUUAGGACUCGUAUAAUAUUAUUGAUAGAGUAUAUACUGUAAUGUGUUUUAUAAGUCAACUAUCUGCUUACGUUGAUAGUCAAUAUUUAAGAGUUAUAAUCAUCAGCUUAAUUUUAAGUUAACACUAUCCAUUAUAUCAA